GUGUGGCUACCCGAACCCGAAUAAAUUAGCAGUCGGUAAACGAGGGGGAGGAUGUGCGGCGGAGGAGGGGAUGGAGAGGAGCAGGGGGCUGGGCCUGGUGGCUGGCUGUGGAGUCGGCUUUCAGUGGGAGAGGCGCACGGUCCCCCCUGAAGCGGCUUCGUCACACCGCGGCUGACUGGAUGCUGAGGGAAGAGGACCGAGACUCCGGGCUGAGCAGCACAGGAGGAUCCCUAAAACAUCUGUCAGCGGAUCCACAUGCGCGCACCUGAUCCGGAGACAGGCAACACCGGUGGAGUCCCCUAACCUGCUGGUUAACUGGAUUAAACAGCUGGUGGAUUUGAAACAGCUGCUUUUUCAUUCGUUCUUUUAUUUGGAUACAACAGCCCAGAAAAUAUAUAGCUCCCUGAAGCUUGACUGUUGAGCUCCAUUCAGGAUUUUGUCCUGGCUGUCGUUUGGGGGAGACUGGAAACCCGUUUGCAUACUAAUCAGGUUUCAGAGCGGGCAUCCAGAGCAGACUGGACCCAAUGAAUGUAUAUGCCCAGUCAUGCCAAUAUUAAGUAAAAGGUCAAGACGGAGGGCUUGGGUCAGCGGACCCUGCUUGUGUUCGACUUUGGGCCAACAGAGGCUGGUGAUUUAUUUCUUUCUCAUCCUGAUUCGGUCAGCAACUGUUCUUGGAGCGCUGGAGCUUCAGCUGGAUGAAGGCCAGCCAGCAGGGACCAUAGUUGGAGAUAUCAGUGCGGGAUUGCCACCCGGUGAAACAGCAACCCUUUACUUCAUCUCUGACCAUGAGGGUAAAGCAGUUGGCAGCGACCUCCAUAUAGACGAGACCACGGGCAUCAUUACAACAGCGCGCACUCUGGACCGUGAGGAGAGGGACCACUACAGCUUCAUCGCUGUGACGAUGACGGGCACCACCAUUGAGGUUUCUAUCACUGUUAACGACAUCAAUGAUCACGCUCCUGUUUUCCCCAAAAAGAAGGUUGUUCUUAAGAUCCCUGAACACACUGCAGUGGGGACGAGGUUUUCCCUGGACCCUGCGACCGAUUCCGACAAAGACCAGCUGACCACUCAAGGCUAUGCUAUUAAAGAGGGAAACGUCGGCCAGACAUUCAGACUUGAGACUAAACGAGGUGCUAACAAGGUCUUGUAUCUAGAUUUAGUGGUCAAUGGAAUUCUGGAUAGAGAGAAACGCUCGUCGUACUCACUGGCUGUAGAAGCUUUUGAUGGGGGCUCGCCCAGGAGGGUUGGAUCUCUGACUCUGGAAGUGACAGUAACUGACAUCAACGAUCAUGCCCCCGUCUUCAACCAGAGCCGAUAUCAUGCAAUCAUCUCUGAGAGUCUCCCACAAGGAAGCAGCAUUCUGCAGGUGUUUGCUACAGAUGACGACGAGGGCGACAAUGGUCUCAUCCUUUAUGAAAUCAACCGCCGUCAGAGCGACCCUGACCGCUACUUUGUCAUUGAUUUAAAAUCAGGGGUCAUCACUCUAAAUAGACCUCUGGACUUUGAGCUGAAGAGGGUCCAUGAACUGGUGGUCCAAGCCAAAGAUAAUGCCAGCCAGCCUGAGGUGACCAAUGCGUUUGUUACCAUUCAUGUCCGUGACUUCAAUGACAACCAGCCCACCAUGACCAUCAUCUUUCUCAGUGAGGAUGGCUCCCCAAGAAUUUCAGAGGGAGCCCAACCAGGCCAGUAUGUAGCUAGGAUAUCAGUCACCGACCCAGACUAUGGAGAGUACGCCAACGUUAACGUCUCCCUUGAGGGGGGUGAUGGGAAGUUUGCUCUCACAACCAAAGACAGCAUCAUUUACCUGAUAUAUGUAGACCAGAUAUUGGACAGAGAAGAGCGGGAUUCCUAUGACCUCAGGGUGAUGGCCACAGACUCGGGUACGCCUCCUCUUAGGGCGGAGUCCUCCUUCACCAUCCAAGUGACUGAUGUCAAUGACAACCCUCCUCUGUUCGACCAGCAGGCCUAUAGACAGACCAUUCCUGAGGUUGUGUACCCUGGGUCCUUUGUUCUUCAGGUAACAGCCAGGGACAAGGACCAGGGCCCCAAUGGGGACGUGCGAUACAGCCUACUGAAGGGCAAAAACUCUCACUCUGACUGGUUUUCAAUCGAUCCAAUUACGGGGAUCAUUACAACUGCAACUGCUCUGGACUUUGAAUCAGAGCCAGCCCCGAGUAUAACUGUUGUUGCAACGGAUGGUGGCCGCCCCCCUCUGUCGUCCAAAGUGAAGGUAGACAUUGUGCUGCAGGACGUCAACGACAACACUCCAGAGUUUCCCAAAAGGUUCUACAAUGCCUCUGUUAAAGAGAACACUGCAGCUGGAUCCUGCUUCUUAGAGGUGUCAGCCACAGACAGGGAUCGAGGGUCUUUCGGUACUAUCACCUAUGCCCUCGGCUCAAGUACUGGAAGCGCUUUGCCGUUUACCAUAGACAAGGAGACCGGACAGCUUUGCACCAGCACUGCCCUUGACCGAGAUGAUGGUUUGGACAAGUUUGACUUUACUGUCACAGCAACAGAUGGAGGUGGUUUGAGCUCAGUAGCCCAAGUGAGGGUCUCAGUGGUGGACAUCAAUGACAAUCGGCCAACAUUUUAUCCAGUCUUGUACACCGUCAGUCUGAGUACCCACAGUGCCCCAGGAACCUCCGUUGUCAAGGUGACAGCCAAUGAUCCCGAUGCGGGAGGAAACGGCAGGGUGACCUACAGCACAGCACCUGGAGGAGGCUCCACUUUCUUCACCCUCAACAAAGACACAGGAGUGAUUUCUCUCUCUCGCUCACUCCAUGGAAAAGCCAACACAGUCAUCUCCAUGGUGAUAUCGGCGGAGGACGGCGGCGGGCUGACGGCACCUGUUAAUGCCCGAGUGAAUGUGAGCGUGGUGGGAGGCUCCGUGAUGUCUCCGGUUUUUGAGCAGGGACAGUAUUUCUUCACGGUGUCCGAGGAUGUUCUCCGGGGGACGGCAGUGGGAGUGGUGCGCUCUGCUACUAAGACAGGUGCUUCUAAAGGUAUUUUCUACUCCAUCUCUUCUGGAGACCCUGAUGGCUUCUUCACAGUGGACAGUGCCUCUGGCACCAUCCGCACAGCUCUUCCUCUGGACCAUGAAACCUGCUCCAGUCUUGACCUAGAGAUCCAGGCCCGCUCCGGCUCACCUCCAGCCUAUGGCAUUAGCCGAGUGCGGAUUACUAUUUCAGACGUAAAUGACAACGCCCCCACCUUCCUCCCAUCUUCAUCAGAGUCUCUACUUUUGCCUGAGAUCACCAAAAUGGGGACAGUAAUCUACCGAAUUCAGGCCACAGACAAAGACUCUGGUCAUAACGGUCAGCUGAGCUUUGACCUGGUGUCUGCUGGGGCUGCAGGCAACAGCGGUCAGAGAACGUUUGGGGUUGACCGUGGCAGUGGCGAAAUACGUUUGAUUGGGAGUCUUUCAUAUGAAAAUGUCCCACGCUAUGAUCUUCAGGUGAUAGCCAAAGACGGGGGAGCGCCUCAGCUGAGCUCCACCUUCACACUCGUGGUGCACAUCCAAGCCCAGGAUGCAAAAGGCCCCACCUUCGACACCCUCACCUACCGAGUGGAGCUGCGAGAAAACACUCCUCUCAACACACGUUUCCUCCAGGUUCGAGCACUCAACAGAGAGGCUUCUGGGAAUGGUGGAACCCCUCCAUCUUCAUCCUCCUCGUCGAUUUCCUACCGUCUCAGGCCCGACGGCGAUGCUGCCGGAUUCGGCAUCAUGCCGGACUCGGGGUGGCUGUUUGUUCGGAACUCUCUGGACAGAGAGCUCAAAGACAUGUACCUGCUGACUGUUCUCGCCACUUCGGGUCCAGGAGGGGCCGGGAGAACUGGCAGUGCCACUGUCAGGGUGACUGUAACCGACGAGAAUGACAAUUCCCCAAGGUUGAACCAGGAGAGGGUUUUCCUGGCUGUCAGAGAGAACCUGCUGGCAGGAACGGGUUUCGGUAGGGUGUCUGCGACCGACAGAGACGCCGGACUAAACGCUCGGCUCACGUACAGACUGCUGCACUCAGACCAGCACUUUCAGAUCAACUCACAAACAGGUGAGAUCAGCACUCGCCUCGGCCUGGACCGAGAGCAGCACUCCAGCUAUCAGCUUGUGGUGGUUGUACAGGACGGGGGUACGCCUCCCCGCAGCGCCACAGGGACCGCCCACAUCACCGUGGUGGAUGAGAAUGACCACCCACCCAGCUUCACUCAUGCCAGACCCGACAGGGAGCUGCUACUUCAGGUGACCGAGGGGCUUCCGUCUGGGACGUUGGUGGGAACGCUGAUGGCCAAAGACCCAGAUGAGGGAGAGAAUGGCACCGUGUUCUACUCUUUAUCAGGUCCUAGAGCAGAGCGCUUCUCCCUGAACCCCAACAGUGGCGAGCUGAGGACCGCUUCGCCGCUGAGGUGGGCCGAACGAGCCGAGUACGUCUUUACAGUGACUGCUGCAGACCACGGCACUCCAGGCCUCAGCUCCACCUGCCAGAUACGCGUACAGGUUCUCAGCUCCUCCAGGUCUGCCCCCAAGCCCAAUGUCCUCUCUAUGACCCUGAACACAGUUGAAGGGGCCGCUCCAGGCUCUGUUAUCGGCUCAGUGCGUCCUGUUAAUCAACACGAAUCAGCUGUUCUGGAAGGACAGGUGACCUACCUGGUGGUGGGAGGGACCGACCAGGACGGCACUUUCAUGGUGGACCGUCUAAAGGGCGACGUGUAUCUGGUGCGAGAGCUGGACUACGAGAAGGGGUCGAGAUACACCCUGCACAUCGAGGUGUCUGACUUCUCUCAGGCGUUUCCCAUCAGCCGACUGGUGAAGCUCGACAUCAAUGUACAGGAUAGUAACGACCAUGCCCCCGAGUUCUCCGAAGAUCCCGUUACAGUUGUGAUCCCAGAGAACGUGGAGCCGGGGGCUUCCAUAUACACGUUCCAGGCAUUAGAUCAGGAUGGCAGUGGGCCAAACAGUGACCUUCGUUAUUCCAUCGAGCACCGCUGGCCCGCCAUGUCUGACCUCCUGAUCCUGGACCCAUCUAGUGGAGUUCUGUCACUGGGGCAGAAGUUGGAUCAUGAGACCACACCUUCCCUCUACCUCGUUGUGCGGGCCACAGACCAGGCGGUGGAUCCCUCUAAGAGGCGAUGGGGUUCCGUCACCGCUCGGCUGUUUGUGACGGAUGAAAACGACAACGCUCCAGUCUUUAGCUCUCCGUCUGCAGUCAGCGUCAUGGAGGAUCAAUCUGUUGGGUUUGUGAUUUUGUACGUGGUGGCGCGAGAUAAAGACGAGGGAGAGAACGGCAGAGUAUCGUACAAAAUCCGAGCAGGCAACGGCGCUGGUCACUUUAGUCUGAAUCCCAACACAGGUUCCCUCUCCAUCCUUAAAGUUCUGGACCGGGAAGAGCAAGACGUCUUUAAUCUAACAGUUGUAGCGGAGGAUCAUGGGAUACCUCGGCUCUCCACCACUCAGGUACUGUGUGUGCAGGUGAUUGAUGUGAACGAUGAAGCUCCAGUCUUCCAGCAGCAAGAGUUUGAGGCACAGGUGACGGAAAAUCAAGAACCUGGAACCACAGUGCUGACUGUGGCUGCCACAGACCGGGAUCAAGGUUCUAACGGUCAGAUAACAUAUGGAGGUGUGACGGAGGAAGGUUUCAUCAUUAAUCCUGUGACAGGUGUCAUCACCACCACAAAGGAACUUGAUACAGAAACUCAGCAUCACUACACACUCACUGUGUAUGCCAGAGAUGGAGGUCUGCCUCCUAAUUUUGCCAAGGCGGUAGUCCGUGUGGACGUGCUGGACGUUAAUGACAACGCUCCGGUCUUUGCCAAACUGUGGUACGGAUUGAAAGUACCAGAAAACCAGGCGCCUGUUGAACUUUGUUUCCUUAAGGCCACAGAUCCAGACUCGGGUCCGGGUGGAGAACUAGAGUACAGAAUUACUGCAGGGGACCCUGAUGGAGAUUUUCAACUCCACCCUGGCACAGGCGCCCUGUCCACCUCACGCAACCUCGAUAGGGAGAAAAAAGCUGAAUAUAACCUGGACGUGGUGGCCAUGGACAGAGGUAGCCCUGCUCUCAGCGCUACUGCAGCGGUACAAGUCAAAGUGCUGGACGUCAAUGACAACAGCCCUGCCUUUACGAGGAGUAGUUACACGGCGGAGGUUUCUGAGGAUGCUAAAGAGGGUUCUAAAGUCCUGGAGGUAUCAGCUGUAGAUGCUGAUGAGGACUUUAAUGGGAAGGUUCUGUACUACCUCAGCCCAGAGGCACACGGAGCAUUCGCUGUGGAUGGGAACACAGGUCGCAUCACGACAUCUGCCCCUCUGGAUAGAGAAAAAAUGGCGUCAUACACCUUCCAGGUGUUUGCUGUUGACCUUUCACCUUCUGCCCCAAGGAACUCCUCAGCUCAGGUAAAGGUCACCGUCCUCGACAUCAACGACAACGCUCCCCUCUUCAUACAAGAUCCGCUGAUCAUCGAAGUGUCCAGCAAGCGUUCCCCGCAGGUUUUGGCCACCAUGAAAGCUGAGGAUAAGGACUUUGGAGCCAACGGUUCUGUGUUUUAUCGCUUUGCCACCCCUGUGAAGGGCUUCAGUAUCAACUCCCUGACUGGGGAGAUUCAGGCCACUGAACCCCUGAGAGAUCUUACUCAGGCUCAGAGGACCCUGAUAGUGGAGGCCAUGGACCAGGGCAGCCCAGCGCAGUCCGCUCAGGGGGUGGUGGUGAUUUACGUCAAGGAAGUGGAGUAUUACGGCAUCCGAUUCUCUAGGAAUGCCAUAGAUGUUAGCAUCCAAGAAAACGCAGCAAAAGGCACAGCUGUUGCUCAGGCUCAAGCGCAGCUUCCAGAUGGUACGGGUAAAGGGAUUAGCUACAGCCUCUUCAGUGGAAACAGAAAGCACGCCUUCAGUAUCAGUUCUGCAACGGGUGAAAUUUGGGUGGAGAGUUCCAACGGACUCGACUUUGAGGACAAUCCGAGACUCCGCCUCGUAGUAAAAGCUGAAACCGUGACCUCCACAUCCUUCAUGGCUUUCAACUUAGUCCUACAGGAUGUGAACGACAACCUUCCUCGCUUCCAGCUGCAGAAUUAUGUGGCCUACAUGAAAGAAGCACAAGGAUAUGAGAUGCCAAUCAUACAGGUGGUGGCUGAGGAUGUAGAUCAAGGCCAGAAUGGUCAGGUGACUUAUUCCAUCCAAUCAUCAGUCAUGAGUGGCCUGUUCAAGAUUGACCCAGUCACAGGAAGCAUCACCACAGCAGCCAUCAUGGACCGGGAGAUCUUCACACAAACCAAGCUUGUAGUUACAGCGACUGAUAGAGGAAGUCCACGACUGGCCGGUUCUGCCACUCUAACAGUGAUAAUCGUCGACCAGAAUGACAACAGCCCUACUAUUCCCUUGCCUCAGGAGAUCCGCAUCCCAGAAAACACGCUGAUAGGAACAGAAAUCACCCUCGUGACAGGCAACGACGUUGAUUCCAGUCCUGCCCUUUCCUACUCCUUGAAGCUUGAUCCAACAGCUUUAGAGAAAUUUGGGAUUCAUCGCUACAGUGGUGGCGUGUCUUUGACUGGUUCUUUAGACUUUGAGGAGAAGACGUGGUACACGGUGACUGUCAGAGCUACAGACAGCCAACACCAAACGGAGGCUAACAUCACCAUAGUGGUGGAGGAUAUUAACGACAAUGCACCUGUGUUCACCCAUGACCUCUAUCAAGUUACCCUGCCUGAGCAGACACCACCUGGAAGUGCAGUUAUCACAGUGACAGCCACUGACAGGGACUCCGGAGAUAACGGGAGGAUCACCUACAGGGUCAUGUCUUCCACACAGGAGGGGUUCUACAUAGACCCCAGAAAUGGGACCUUGUUCAUUAACCACCGAGCAGAGUUUGACCCCGAGCGACCAUCAGUCAACAUCGUUAUCGAAGCUCGUGAUGGAGGUGAACCUCCUCUCUCUUCCCUCACUACAAUCCAAGUUCAAAUCUCUGAUAUCAAUGACAAUGCCCCAGUAUUUCACCAGUCAGAGUACAGAGCGACUGUUUCAGAGGACGCCAUCGCAGGUGCAACAAUUCUGACUUUUGAGGCCUUCGACAGCGAUCUUUCAAGAGACAACUGUGGCUUUGACUUUGCCAUCGCCAGUGGGAAUGAGGGAAACGCCUUCCAGAUUGAAAGCAGUGUGCGCUUCUUGGAAGGGCGGGGCUUUCAAACUGUCGGAACUCUCCUGUUGGCUGAGGGGCUUGAUUUUGAAACAAAGCCACUCUAUAAUCUCACAGUGGUGGUGUCGGACCGCGGCGUGCCCCAGAGGAGCUCCAGCGUUGCUGCAGUGAUAAACAUUGCUGAUGUAAAUGAUAAUCCUCCGGUGUUCAGCAGAACAGAGUACACUGUGUCCCUCAGUGAGGGAGCAGCCUCUGGUACUGAGAUUAUACGACUGACAGCAACAGACUUUGACUCAACUCCCAAUGCUGAAGUCCAGUACAUCAUCAGUUCUGGUGAUGAUGUGAACUUGUUCUCCAUUGACCAGUGGACUGGAGCAUUGCGGCUUCAGCAACAGCUAGAUCGGGAACAUCAAUCCACACAUACUGUAAUUAUUCAAGCUACCGAUGGUCUUGGUCACUUUGCGCUUGCUCCAGUCAUCGUUGAGGUUAAAGACGUAAACGACAACCAUCCAUUCUUCCCUGUGGAGGUCCUGACAGCUAGCAUCCGGGAAAACCAGCCAGCAAACUCAGCCGUGACUGUUCUUCAUGCCAUUGACCAUGACACGGGGGUGUUUGGCCAACUGAAAUACUACAUGGUCGAGAGGUCAGGAGCAGGAAAAGACAGCUUUGCUGUGGACCACAGUUCUGGAGAAAUCAGAAGCAAAGUUCCUUUUGACUUUGAAAAGAUCAACUCUUUCAAUUUUGAAGCGCUGGCUGUAGAUUCGGGGAAUCAUUCCGCUACUGUAACUGUACAGGUCUUUGUCACCGGUGAGGAUGAGUAUGAUCCACUUUUCACAUCUGCUGAUUUUACUUUUGAAGUUCCAGAGGGAGCCAAGAAAGGCCAGAUCAUCGGCCAGGUUCAAGCAAACGAUGAGGAUGGAGGUGUGGACGGGAUAGUUCUCUACUCUCUAACUUCCAAUUCACCAUAUUUUGACGUCAACAAAACAACUGGUGUGAUUUUUCUGAAGUUGGACAAUUCAGGCAGUCGUAGUGCCAGUGGAUCAGGUCGGACGAAACGGGAAACUAGGGUAAUGACCCUAGAUGUCAAAGCACACAGUCCACUUGACACAUCUCGCUCUGCAACAGCCCAGAUCUCCAUUGAUGUCACAAACACCAACUUCGGCCUGGCGGCUGACGUGAACAUCCUGCUCAUCAGCAUUAUAGCUGUGUCACUUGGCUUCAUCAUAUUGCUUGUUGUCAUGGCUGUGGUAGUGUUUGUUGUCAAGUCACGAAGGAGGAAGAAAGGCCAGGAUGCUGGAAAUAGAACUCUCGCAUCAGGAAAUGCUUUGAAGAAACUGGAUGAAACAGGACCGGGAGGAGACAGUAUUUACCACCAGACUUUGCCAGGUUAUGCUGGUGAUCAGGGUGGGCCUGGCGGUGGGUCUUACACUAGGGGGGGUUCUUUGGAUCCCUCUCACUCUAGUGGAAGAGGUUCAGCGGAGGCAGCAGAGGAUGAUGAGAUUAGAAUGAUUAACGAGUACCCCCGUGUUGCCUCUAUUACCUCGUCUAUGCAGGAACACAUCUCAGCCAGAGGACCAGACUCUGGAAUCCAGCAAGAUGCAGAUCAGCUUUCCGAUAUUUCCUGUGAGCCCGCUGCUUUGGAAGGCAGCACCUGGUUCAAAGGAAAGAAACUGGGAGGCAGUCUGAGUGGGACUUUACUUUCUGGUCAGCUUCCAGUUUAUCGGGAUGAAGGAAGUAGUUACCUAGGAGUUGGCCGUGGUUUGAACAUUUCCCUUCCCAAGGAUUACGCGUUCCCAGAAGAUGGUAAACCUUCAGUGGAUGGUUCCCUCACUGCUAUUGUUGCAAGUGAUGAGGAGCUUCGUGGGAGCUAUAACUGGGACUACCUUCUCAACUGGUGCCCUCAGUUCCAACCCCUUGCUAAUGUCUUCACUGAGAUUGCGAGGUUGAAAGAUGAAACUGCUCAACAGAGUCAGAACCCCCGUCAGCCCUUCCAGCCCAAGCCCAAAGUGGAUCCCAAACCAAGAAUUGACCCUCCACCACUCAUCACAUCCGUGGCUCACCCAGGGGCCAUGUCAGUUCCCCCUAAAGUCCCUGUGAUUGGGCGGACAUUCCCCCAUUUAUCCUCACUCCGAAGGUCCCCAAUAAGUCAUGAGGGAUCUAUUUCAUCAGCAGCAAUGUCUCCGAGCUUUUCGCCAUCAUUGUCCCCUUUGGCGGCUCGAUCUCCAGCUGUUUCUCCAUUUGGAGUCAACCAAGGACCCUCAGCAUCUAUGAUCAGCACAAGGGAGCCCUCGCUUGACCGGAGUCCUGAUCACGAGAUGAGAAUAUGAUUGGGAAGGGAAAAUUAAAACCAUAAGGAAUUUUAUGUAGACUUCCUGAAAAAAGCACUACAUACCACACUUCAUAGGAUUUCAGAGAACUUCUUAAAAACGAAGGCUUUAUAAACAACCAGCUCUACAUUUGUUUUCAAGGAUCUAACCAAGUUAAUUUGGGGGCUAUAAAACACCCACAAAGUAACAAACGAUCAUCCUCUGAAAUACUCGUAGUUCUUCUUCGGAUGGUUGGCGGCGUUGACGGAAUACUCAGAUGUGGAAGCAUGGCUGGUUUGAUAGGACCAGCCAAACCCUUACAUUUUGAAAUUGACGCAGGUCUCUGUGAACUGGUCAGUCAUGAUGGGAACCAACCUCUUCGUGAGAGUGUGCACUCACCAUGCCCUGCAGUCAGAUAUCUCUUAGUUUGUAGAUAGUUGUAUAGUUUUCAUGUUACCUUGCUGGCUGGCCAGAGAUCUAAGGACCUUGUCCCUCUCUUGUGUUUGUGGACAUUUUUUACACUCCAGUAUUGAACACGUGGCUGCUUCUGAAAUGGCCUCUGGACACGAGCAAACGAACAAUGUGCUUUCACUAGAACUCUUUGAAAUGCCAAGGCAUCCCAAAGAGGGACAAGCAAUGGAGAUGAUUGUUUUCCUCUCCGAUUCAAAGUGUCACUUCCUAUAAUUUGACUUUUAUUUUUAUAUUUUUAUAAAAAUAUAUGAUUUCAGGUUUGUUAUUCCACAUGGAGAGGUUUUUGUUUCUGUGUAUUUGCAUGUAUGUAUAUUUGUGUGUAUCUCUUAUGUUUUUAGAGACUUAUGUCGAGUGUGAGUGGGAGAAGUUUGUUUUUGUAGAAUUAUUUAUAUGAAAAGAAAAUGUUCCGCCACAAUUUAACAUUAAGAAAUUGAGCACAGGUCAGUUUAUGCUGGUGUUUUGAAUUGUUUUCUUUUUUUUCUUGUCAAAUCAUCGAUCAUUUGAAAUCCAGAAUGGACACUAAAUGUUAUUUUCAUGCACAAAGAUAUGUUCCCGUUGUGAUUCAGGGACUCUAAUUUGCAGGUCACCUUUGUGUCUUUGAGGAAAAAGUGCUUCCUGAGCUUGAUUACACCAUUCAUUAACUUAGAUGCAUUUAACUGUGAAAUUGAUCAUCUCAGCUCAGUGGAAAUAACAUGCUAUGACAAAGCUGAGAUUCUCACAGGAAAAAGUGGAUUAACUUGUGGAAAAUGUAGCGUAUGAGCCAAACAGAUGGGAAUCAAAAGCCUCUGUGCAUGAGUCCUCGUGAAAGUACAAGAAACCAGUGCAGUAUUUAUGACCCAUGUUUUUUAUUUCUGAGUCUUUUUGAACUUUGUCAGCCACAUGAUGAGGUAUUUUUUCAAGGUUUUACAUAUUUAACGUAUCUGCACCUUUUUUUUUUUUUUUUUUUUUUUUUGUACCACUCAUAGUCAGAGUUUUCAGCCAAUGGGCUUGAAAAGUGCUAUUGUCAUUCUUUUCAUGUGCAUUAGUCAAUCUGGGCUGCUCUGAAUAAUUUAGGGUAGGUGCAGUGUCAGGAUGACUCAUGCAAAGCCGACACUGAUAUAUCCCAAAGCAACACAUGCUGAGAAUCUUAGCAGCACAAAAUACUUUAGUAUUAUUCAUAAACACUUCUGUGUAGCAUAGCUUCAAUUUGAAAUUCAAUGCCAGUGAUUUAUCAAAGGAAAAAAUGGCCAAAAUACGUGAAACGAAAUGAACAAAGAAAACAAGCUGUACAUGUAUUCAAAGCAAAAAAUAAAUUCCUACUGAUCGUUUUUGACAAA